CAUGCCUAAUCAUUGCUAAUUGUUGAGAUUGUCAAUGUUUUUGUUUGAAAACAUAAACAGCCACUAUAAUUCUCUCCUUUAAAAAAGAAAUCAAAAUUUUACUUAUAUUAAAUGCAAGUGAUAUUAUUUUUAAAAAAAUGGAAGUGAAAGGUGAAAAAAGGGAAUUUUCACAAGAUUUAGAAGCUGUAUUAGUGCGAGUAAAUAAGGAUUGUCAAUCAGUUCAAGAUAUACACAUAACAAAGAAUGAGUUUAAUAUUGGUCGAAGUCUUCAAUGUGAUUUUAUCAUAAAAAAUUUAAAUAUUUCUCGUCAGCAUUGCAUUGUUAAACUCACCGACGAUGAGGAAUGGUCUAUUAUAAAUUGCAGUUCCGUUAAUCCUAUUUACAUUAACAAUAAAUCCCUUAAUAAAGAUGAAACACAUAUUCUAAAAGUUGGCGAUAUUGUAAACUUAAAUCCCGAUGAAGAUUAUAAAUAUGUAUUCGCAUUAAAUUUAAAAUCAGGUCCAACUGUAAAAAGACCACGAUUAGAGGAAAAAUUAUUAGACAAUGUUAUUAAUGAACAAAAAUUAUUUAUGAAUGAACAAGAAGCAAAAAGAAAAGAUCUCGAAGAUCAAUUACAGGAGAAACAACGUGAACAAAUUGCAUUCAAAGAAGAACUUGAAAAAUUAAGAAAAGAAAAGGAGGUAACGCAAGAAUUGAAUAAACAAAUUGAAAUUUUGGAGCAAAAAAUUGAAUCGGGAAAUGUUAUGGAGAAAGAUUUACAUAAUAAAUAUCGAAGUCUUCUCGAUAGACUUGAGGAGGAGAAAAAAAUAUUUGAAGAAAAAUUAGCUGACGAGAAACGAAAAUGGGAGGAGGCACUUGAGGCAAGUAAACUAGAGAAAGAGACACUUGAAGUGAGUUUAAGGGAACAAAUGGAAGAGUGGAAAAUUAAACAAAACGAGGAAUGGAAAACAAAAUUGGAUUCAGUUGUUUCAGAGGAGAAGAAUGCACAAGAUAAAUUAUUGAAUGAAAAAAAUCAUUUGGAGCAAAAACUUAAAGAAAUGGAGGAAACAUUAAAUAAACAAAAAGAACUUGCGGUUGAGUCAAUCUCUCCUCAAAACAUUAUCGAAGCUCCAGUUGAUCUUAUGGAAAAUAUGAUAGUUGUUCAAUUACCUCAUGGCUCACAUAGUGCCAAUGCAAAUAUAAAUCCAAAUAGUUUAAAUAUCCUCGAUACAAUUGAUUUAACAUUAGACACACCACGAACAUCAUUCGUGGAGCAAGCAAAUAAAGAGAUUUUCAAUAAAGUUGAAAAUAUAAUGGAUGAACAAUUAACUUGUAGCAUUUGUUCGGAAUUAUUUGUAAAGGCAAUGACGACAAAUUGUAUGCAUACAUUUUGCCAUCAUUGCAUUAUGAUGUGGCUUACUAAAAGUAAAGGCUAUCUCUGUCCAGUGUGUCGAAGACAAAUUAUUAAUAUGACAAGGUCAUUGGUAAUUGAUAAUUUUAUUGAAAAAAUGACUGAGAAUCUUCCACCAGACAGCCGUAAUCGACGUAUGAAAUUCGUCAACGAAAGAAUAGCUGUAACGAGGCAUACACGAUAUCCUUCAUUUCAAAAGCCUCCCAAAAGAAAAUAAGCCAAUAUUAAUAUUAAGCGCCAAAGACGGAAAGUUUAUAGAUUCUUUAUAACUAAUCUUUAAAUAAAGUUUGUUUAAAGAAAUUCAA